UUGCUUUACAACGCUCAUGUUUGUCAUGUAUAAGCAGAGUGAAUAAGCUGCGAGAAUACAAUCGAGCAACCACAAAGCUAAUGAUACGAUAUUGAUCGAUAGCCGGAAGUUGUAUCAAUGGCAAACCAGAUAUAUGCUCUUCCACAAACAUGUCCAACAUCAACUGCACCGAUAUCACAACCCAAAGUUAGACGCUCUCGUGCGAGUAAACCGAAGGUCAAGACUGGUUGUUUGACUUGCAAAUCGAGAAGAGUCAAAUGCGAUGAGGCAAAACCAGGUUGUAUGCGAUGUGUACGAUUUGGACAUAAAUGCGAAGGUUACGCUUAUCUUCAGAGAUCCAGUGUGAAGCCCACUGUUGGAACCAACAUCGCGCCACGAACGCUGAUACCAAGAACUGGAUAUCUGCCCAUAAGUCCCGCUACUUCUCCCACCUCUGUGGCUUCCACGGCCUCUUCUAUCUUAUCACAGCCAGAAUCUUCCGUUUCUCCACCCUCGACAUGGAGAGAUCAAAGUGCCGAAGCAUGUUUCCGAAAUUUUGUGAAAGAGAUUACGGGAGGUUCAGGUCACUUUGAAGUUUGGUGGGGUCUCAUAUUCUCUGGAUGUCAAUCUUCGUCGCUCGUUUUUGAUGCUGUACACAUGAUUGGAUCUCUCGAUUUACGACCGAAAAAUCGGGGAGUUCAUAUAGGAACCUUUAGACACAUGGCUACUUACCACGAAUAUUGCAAUACGAAAUGUUUGACAAAAAAGAGAACAGUGCCAUUUUCGGAGGGCCUGGGGAUAGGCGCAGGAAUCAUUGAUAUAGACGUGGAAAGUAGAACAACACUCAUCACCCAUCUACUUUCUAAUAUGUUGGCCAGCGGUAACGAGGUCAUCAGCCAUGAAAGAGUCUCGACUAUGUACUUGGGACUAAGAGCACUUCGUGAGUGGGUAGUCAGGACAUAUAUCCCCCAAGGUGGCCGUCUCGGAUCGAUGUCGGAAACUGCUUGUUUGAAAUGCUUUAGUCGUCUGGAAUCCCGAAUCUUACGAUACGCGGAUGCAAAACCAGAACAUGAAAGAAGGACAAGUCUAGGAGAACCAGAUAUUGAAAUGAUGCCGGGCCGAUUUUCCAAUCUUACAGAGGCGAAGAAUGAUUUGGAAAGGGUUAUGGUGAAAAGCAUGGAGUGGUUGGCUUCGACUCUUAAACGACAUGAUUUUUCAGCAUAUUAUAAUGGCCAGGAAAACCAUUCUCGCGAUAAUGGAUUAUUCUUUGAUAUUGAUCCUAAAUUUGAGGAGGAGAAAAGAACAUUAAGGGAAUACGAACGCUGGAAUCGAUCUUUCUCGCCUCUUUUCGAAGACCGCCAAAAGAGAUGCCAGUCCAAUGAUAAAUUUCACUGUGAUAAAGAUUCGGAUCUGUUAAUGGCAUAUAUGUUAAGAAUGAAUUGGCUUUCUGGAUACAUUCUUAUUGCUUCAUCGAACCACCUCAAUAGUCUUGACGUUGCCGAGGGAAGAUUUUCAGCACAAUUACAAGAGCUAAAAGAAAUUGCUAAAAUACUACGCUCAACCCCAAGUUGGAGAAAAACGCUAGAGGAAAACGGAGAUUUCGAACUCGCGACUGUGAUUCCAUCGAUGGUUGUGGCAUGGGAAAUUCGAGAUAGAGAUUUAAGGCGAAUUGCAGUUUCGAUGUUGUUGAAGAGGGGGAAGUAUGAUUAUUUGGGUGGGAGGGAAAUAAGAGGAUUUUCUGGGGCGGUGGGGAAAGUUAUGGAGAGAUUGGUGGAUAUAGAAGAGGAUAGGCCGGAGGUGGAUAGAGUGUUAGAGGGGGGAGCAUCAUUGGCUGAGGAGACUAGGUGUAGGAAUAUUGAAAUGGGAUGGGAUGCGGCGGCGAGAGUGGCGUUUAUGAGGUGUUGUAAGGGAAACCCGAGGGGACUGGGACUACCAGGAUUUGAGGGGAGGAGAGAGAUUAUCGUUCAAUGUUAGUUGGGAUGAUGUAUUGGAUAGAAUGAAAUUGCUGAAAGAUUGAGAUAAAUGUAAAGAAUACAAAUGCUAUAAUGGAUGGGAUGGGAUGGGAUGGGAUGGGAUAGGCGUUAGAUAUCAUGGGAAAGGGGGGUAUAUGAUUUAUUACGAAGACUCACUUCAAUACCUACUCAUAGGUAGACU